UACACUCACGAUACAUGGGCGUUAGAGAAGGAGAAAGGAAGAAAGAGAUAAUGGACAAGGAGGAAGCCUCUACAGCUAAUCCGAAUUCUAGUCGAAGGGUUCCGAGAGUUGCUAAUAGACUGCGAACGCGGUUAGGUAUGGCUCGACGAAACGUUGGGGAACGGAAAGCCGAAGCCUUAGCUCUAGGCAUGUCAUUCGCGGCUUUUGCCACUCUGGUUGUUGAGAAAAAGAAUGCUGCCGAUGAGAAUACAAAUGUGGCUGAUCUUGCAUUGAUUUAUGCUUCUGCUGUCAAAGAAUCUUUAGCCAAUGUAUACGGUACUAGGAUUGGUUCAUUUGGAGAGAGAUCAUUUAACAGUACCCUAAGGAUCCUUAAAGUGACCAAUGAUUCUGUCGAGAAAUUCAAGCUAGAGAUGGGCGUUUCUGAAGCUGCACUCAGAACCGAGAGAUUGGACGCCGACGACCAAACAUAUGAAACCGAACUGGAAGCCGAGAUGAGCACUGUUAUCAUGAAUUGGCUCGUCUCAAGUGUCAUCAACGCUCUGGCGUGGAUGUUAUAUGUUUCAAGUGCCUUCACACGAACAUGCAUGAAAGAAAACAUGUUGAUGUGCCGGCAUCCAUUUUGGUUGCAGAUCUAUUUCGCUAUCUUAAUGAUCCUCGUAGUCACCUACUUGAUAAUCCAUCGUUCACCAGGUACAAAACAUAGCACGCGAGCACCUUAUAGCCUUCUUUUACUCGGAGGUAUUUUUUACGGUUUAUUGGAUAUGUACUUGGGGGACGCAUUGGACAGUAUUGGCAAACUGUGGCUGUUUCUUUGGGCAACGCUUUGCCUUCUUCGAUACGUUGCAGAUACCAUCACUUUGGCUAUGUUUGGUCUAGUGUACGGUCCACGAUAUGUGACUCAAGAGACCAAAACACGCACUAUGGUUCCGUAUUGGGAACGGGCAAGUUCAUUACUUGUAGCGAUUCUGUUGGUUAUUCCUCUGAUUAACGGUUUCUUGCCAUUUGCAACGCUUGGUGAAUUGGGAGAUCAGUUUGGUGAAUGGUGGACAUCACACUUCUCAAUCCUCACGUCUGCAGUUAAUCUUUGAUUAUUUAUUUAUUUCUUUUACCAUUUGCA